AUGGAACGACGAACCCGAAGAAGAGAUAACGCAAAACCCUUCAAAAAAACCUCCCCUGUUUCUCUCUCACUCGCUCGCUCCCUCUCCGGGAAAUGGCGACCACCUUCGCCUCUCCCGCGAUUCCCCACUCCCCACUCCUCCGCUUCGCUCAGAAGCACACCAAAUCACUCCUCUCCCUCCCCUCCACUCAGAAGCGCUUCUCCAACAACAGCAGCAGAAGCAGCAGCAGAAGCAGAAGCAGAAGCAGGGGCAUGGCAAGGAGCUUCUCCGCCGCGUCGUCCCCACCGGGGAAGUACAUCAGGGAGGAUUAUCUCGUGCAGAGGAAGGUGUCGGCGAAGGAGGUGCAGGAGAUGAUCAAGGGGGAGAGGAGCGUUCCCCUUGUGGUGGAUUUCUACGCCACGUGGUGCGGGCCCUGUGUUCUCAUGGCCCAGGAGCUCGAAAUGCUCGCCGUGGAGUACGAGAAUAAUGCUUUAUUCGUCAAGGUAGACACCGACGAUGAAUACGAGUUCGCGAGAGAUAUGCAGGUCCGCGGCCUCCCGACGUUGUAUUUCAUCAGCCCGGAUCCGAACAAAGACGCCAUACGCACCGAAGGGCUCGUCCCGCCAGAGAUGAUCAAGAACAUUAUCGAUAAUGAGAUGUAAAAGAGACCGAAAAACUAAAAAACAAACGAAAAGAGAAAGAAGUCUUUGCGGCUUCUUUAUGUUGUUCGAUGUUUUAGCCGGCAAUCUCUGCUCAUUUUUUUUUCCUGCUUGAAGAUUAAGUUGUAGCAGGCAUGGGAUUAGAGAGUUAGGAGCUUUUUGCCCUUUUUCUUUCUCUGCUGGAAAUAAUGGAUAGUUUAUAGUUCAUAAUAAUACCAUUUUCUCUUAUUAUAUCUUAAUCCAAAAUAAUAAUGAGCAUGUCGGUUCCGGCAAAUCGGUUGGAAGCAAGAGGAGUGUUGGAACUGUUCUUUUAUUAUGUUGGUGAUUAAUGUGAAAGCAAAUAGAGUUUGUUAUGUUCA